AUGGCACACCCUUCACAGACCACCUCCUACGCCGUCCUAGGCUCGACCGGCAACUGCGGCUCCGCCCUCGUCCAGAACCUCCUCGAGCUCCGCAACGUCAAAGUCAACGCCUACUGCCGCCAGCGCAGCAAACUCUAUCGCCUCGUCCCCGCGACCAUCGACAACAAAAGAGUCGAGAUCUUCGAGGGCUCCAUCACCGACGUCGACCUCAUCGGCGACUGCAUCCGCGGCUGCAAGACCGUGUUCAUGGUAGUCACCACGAACGACAACAUCCCCGGCUGCCGCGUCAGCGAAGACCUCGCUCACUCGGUCAUCGCGGCCUUGGAAAGGGCAAAGAAAAAUGGGCCGCCCGGACAAAUCAUGCCGAAACUGGUCCUCCUCUCGUCUGCUACUAUCGACGACCACCUCGCGCGCAGGAUGCCGUGGUGGUUCAGACCAGUCAUGCUGACCGCCGCGUCGUAUCUUUAUGAUGAUCUACGACGGACCGAAGAGUUCCUGCGCGCCCAGUCUGAUUGGGUUUCGACCGUCUUUAUCAAGCCCGGUGGAUUGUCCGUUGACGUCAGGAGAGGGCACAAGCUCAGCCUGGAUGAAGAGGAUACGUUCAUCUCGUACUACGAUCUUGCGGGGGCGAUGAUGGAGGCGGCGGACGAUCCGGAGGGACGGUACGAUAUGAAGAAUGUGGGUGUGAAGAAUGCGGGGAGGGGGGCUAGGUUUCCGUCAGGCACGCCGCGGACUAUUCUUAUGGGACUGUUGAGGCAUUAUUUCCCAGGGUUGCAUCCUUAUUUGCCCUCUGGUGGGCCGCAGUGA